AUGGAUGUGAAUAUAGGAAGAUAUACCUCAACUGGUUUUGUUGCUCUUCUACUCUAUGUGGAUGAUAUGAUCAUCAUUGGUUCUGACUCUUCUGUUAUCUCUAAGGUCAAGCAACAUCUCGAAAUGAAGGAUGUGGGUCUAUUACGAUAUUUUCUUGGUAUUGAGAUUGCCUCUUCUCCAAAGGGCUAUUUUUUGUCUCAAGCCAAGUAUGCUAAUGAGGUUAUUCACCAUACCAAUCUUACUGAUAUUACGGUUUCUGAUACACCUAUUGAGCUUAAUGUGAAGCUCAACUCUACUAAUGGUGUCCCUCUCGAUGAUCCCACGGUCUAUCGCAAGCUGAUGGGUUGUUUAGUUUAUUUAACUGUCACUCGCCUUGAUCUUGCUUGUGUUGUUUAA